UUUCAGUUUCGAUUGUACCGUGCAUAUACCAACGAUGAGAAGUAGGUGGAACUUUACGGGACUACUGCUGGCCCUGAUACUUCUCGCUCUUCAGGAGCUUCCCACGGAAGCCAUGAGGAUGCGUGGGGAACCGUAUCCGGGUUUGGUCAAUAUCGAUAGGCAUCGAUCAAGUGAAGCUGUACCCCAGGGUCGAGUGGUAGGUGGAACCACUGCCACCGAGGGCAGAUGGCCCUGGAUAGCGUCCAUUCAGAAUAUCUACUCGUAUCAUUUGUGUGGAGGCGCGAUCAUCAACGAGCGCUUUGUGCUAACAGCGGCCAGUUGUUUGGCCGGGCUAAGAGCAAAAAACGUGCUGGUGGUCACUGGAACAACGGAUUGGUGGGAUCUAUAUGCUCCAUAUUAUGCCGUGUCCAAAAUCCAUAUCCAUUGCAACUUCGACAAGCCGUUGUAUCACAAUGAUAUAGCCCUGUUGGAAUUGUCCUCCGAUAUCGAGUACAAUGAUGUUACAACGAAUGUUACUUUGGCGGAUAUUGAUGAAUUGCAGGAGGGUGAAAAGUUGACCUUUGCGGGAUGGGGUAGCUCAGAGGCCAUGGGCACAUAUGGUCGGUAUCUGCAAGAGGCAUCGGGAACUUAUCUCCCGGUUGAGCCGUGCCGGGAGAAGCUGCAGAAUGAUGAUGAUGUAGAUUUGGGUCAUGCCUGCGUCCAAAUGGACGUGGGUAAGGGCGUUUGUCACGGUGACACCGGCGGACCACUCAUCGAUGAGCAAGAACGCCUGGUGGGCAUUGGAAAUUGGGGUGUGCCGUGUGGACGUGGCUACCCGGAUGUGUAUGCUCGUAUCGCCUUCUACCACGAUUGGAUUCGUACCACCAUAAAUGGGUGUUCUAUAGCCUAGACAUUGGCCACCUCUUAUCUGUACACUGAGAGAAAAAUGAUUUAUUUGUUUUGCAAUGGAUUUUUAUAUAAUAUAUCUUUUAUCUGAAAAUCAAUGUUAAAUAUGAUUUAUUCAUUAAACUGUGCGGGAUCUUGGGUUUGAAUUGA